AUGUAUUUAGGUCAGACCGAUUGGUCUGGAACAAAACUCAAUUUGAUGCCUCAACUAAAUAUGCAGUCACGACCGGCACCCAUAUCUCUGGUAUGCAGAAUACUGUUGAUAACAUUCAUGGGUGGAGUCAUUUGCCUUCCUACUGGAGAAGAAGAGGCAUAUGAACGAUUCCUUUCAGCUACACAAGAUUACAUGUACCCUGAGCUCAACAAUGAGCGAGCCAACACCCUAUCUGGUCACAAUUUGCUACGUGGGGUUCGUUAUCAUUAUGGCGAUCAGAAUAACCCUCUAUACAACGUUCAACGGCGCCGAUUCACGCGUCCAGUGGGUCGCUGAAUGUUCUGCCAAGCAUCUAGCAUUCCCAGAAGUUCUCUCACAAACGAUUUCCUAUAAUUA